AUGUCUGUGCCCGAGCAGCGUGGGCUCCUGAAUGAGUCUACACCACCGAUCGAUACACCACCCACUGCAGUACCAUCACCAGCACAAAUAUUUACAGCACGGCAUCGACCAGGCUACGCAAGAGUUCCCAGUGUGUCUUUCCAGGACGACGCCGUGGCGAAAGACAUCACGGAUACGGACGAGAUCUCUUCGGUGCCCUUGAACAAUGGUGCCGGCCGCAGUCAUGGACUUGGUAUUACGAGCGCUACACCGCCCUCCAAACUUAGCGGAAUGGAGACACCACCUGGGCGUGAAUCUGGCACUUUCUCACGAACCAGGGAACGAGCGACAAGCGUUGGUACACCUUUGAUGUCCGCGCCGUCGACUGGAGUGCUCAGCGGCAGCACUUUCAAUCAGUCUUUUGGCAGUGAUACUUCCUAUCAGGGCGCCAAGAACCUGGCCAGAGAGUCGCGGACAUCUCUGCAGUCGGGCGCCCAGUCAAUCUAUGCAAAGUCCGAUGCAGGCCUGCUGUCUGUGAAGUCUCGAUACGAAGACUUUGAAGCCCAUCACAACUGUCAGACCACACACGGAGUGAAACGGUCACGCUUCACAAGCUGCGUGUCCAUCACUAUCCUCGUGCUUGCGGUCUUCAGCACCAUCUUCUCUGCAAUCUUCCUGAUUGUCGCCCUAACAGGGCCCAGGUUUGGCAGAAAGAUACGCAGCAAAGGCGGCAUGCUUACACCGUCAUCAGCAGCUUUCCUUACAUCUUUCUUCGCGAAGCUCAUCGAGUUGUCCUUCGUGACGGUGGUAGUGGCGUUCGUGGGUCAGGCUUUGGCGCGACGUGCCUACAAGAAGGAGAAGAGAGCUGGGGUGACUCUGGCCGAGUUGAGCAUGCGAAAUUGGCUCAUGCAGCCCGGAACGAUGCUUACGCAAUGGGAAAGCGUACGCUACGCUGGCCCGACCGUACUCGGUGUGGUCUCUUUCAUUGCCGCUGUCAUGGCAAUACUCUAUACAUCUGCAGCUACGGCACUUGUGCAGCCACAGCUGAAGUUUCCACGUUGGGAAACUCGGCCGCUUUCUGCUCUGGUCAAGACACAAUUCGCCAACCCGCUUUAUAUUGGACCUGCCUGCAAGUCGCCUGUGACCGCGGGAAACGACAAAGUCCGCGACACUACUUGUCUUCAGAUGCAACAUGCUUCUAUGGCGUUUCACAACUACUACAGCUAUCUAAGUUCCUGGUCAGACAUUGCAACUAUAUACGGGAACGGGUCUAUCAUUCCGGAGUAUAGACCUAAGGGAUAUGCGUUGCUCAACGACAACACCACGGUAAUCGCUCCUUGGAUCAACAUGACGAAUGUGACCACCGAGGCGAGCCCACUCGGAACAACAUACUACAUCAACAAUGUCACCAUGGCGGUGCCCCACACAGGACUGCUCGCUGCAGCAGAGGACGCGGAGAAUGCAAUCAUGCAGCCAAGCGAAGUCGAAGGCGCUCAGUACAAUAUCAAGGGCAGCUUGCCAUCUCCAAUAAUAAACGUCCUGUGCGUCACGAUGACUGGAAAUGAUCUGAAACCUUUCGUGUAUGAGGAUUGGUCGGCACCAAAUUACACUUCAGAGUGCGACACAGUGAGAUGGUCAAAUUGGCCCCAUUGCUACGCUUAUCCUAAUGAUACCGACCUGUACCUAAAACAGUCGGAUACCAAGCUCGGCGAGAUAUUCAGAUGGGGAGAGAAAUAUGGACCUUCACGAUAUCCACCAGUAUUCUCCAAAAGACCCACCAACUUCAACACGAUCUUCAACGAUACCACUGGUCUUGGUUGGGGUCGCACCUCACUUUACCUGCUUGCAAAGGGUGAUGAUGUUGACUUUAUAGGGACUCCGACCACUGCCAAUAACGGGAGCAACUUCGCGAUGUGCCAGUUGAGUGUUGGGCUGACUUCAAAUUGCACGUCAGAAUACAGUGCCAGUAGUAGUGGUGGUCGGUUGGAGGCUGUCUGCGAGACAGACGACCCCCUGCGGUACAAUAGGAACGUUAGGAACCCACAAGACGGCAUGUCGACGCUCAACCAAGACUGGCCAAACAUCGGUUCAGAGUGGGCAAGAAGCUUAUCUCUGAGCGCUGGAACGAACGACGCGAAUGCGAGUAACGCCAGACUGCUCAGCCAAUUCAUCGUCACUUCAACGAACUUAUCAGCACAAACACCUUCCACUGCUGAGGCCAUCGCCGUGCUGGCAGGUAGCACUCUUCUCCAGUCCAUCACCGAUGCACCUCUUGCCUUCAAUAGCUCGACCUUGUGGAAUUAUACUCUGGCGACAAUCCAGGGCGACCGCCAAUGGUUCAACGCUAUGCUACGUGUCCAGCAAUACGCAUCAGGAGGCGCCAUGGCAUACCAGAAAGGCUUCUACAUCGUCCUGGUUGCGGUCGUUGUCAUCAAUGUCGCAGUGCUCCUUUACUUCAUCGCGCAUCGAGACUGGUAUACGGACUUCAGUCAGCCGGAAGUGCUUUUUGCGUUGGCAGUCAACAGCCCGCCGAGUGAGAAGUUGGCGGGCAGUUGCGGGUGUGGGCCCGAGGGCAAGCAAUAUCGUGUCAGUUGGAAGCUGGAAGAGGCGGGUGGACACUACUACAUGGAGAGUCAAGAUGAUACGGGUGAUCAUGUUGAUCAUGGCGGGACGCACACCAUCGACGAGAUUUCAUGGUUCUGCUGUCCGACACCUCGGCUGGUCUCUACGUCUCUACCACGUCCCACAUCCACUUCCUCCUAUUACUCGUCACUGCACUCACAAGCAAACAUGGACGAACGAACACUCCCGCCACCCUUCGUCAAUGUCAAAGGCAUCGCCAACUUCCGCGACAUUGGCGAUGGUAGCCUCGUGCGCCACGGUCUCGUCUUCAGGUCGGCCGACCCUGGCAAAGCCACCGAGAACGGCCUCACAAAGAUGAACCAGGAACUAGGCAUCAAAGCCAUCUUCGACCUCCGCUCCACACCCGAAAUCCAACGCGAUGGCCCCGAAUGGGCAGGCGUCGCAGUGGCAGCCCAAGACCCCUUCGCUGCUCACGGCAUGAAGCGCAAUUGGACUCCAGUCUUCGCUGCGAAAGACUAUGGGCCUGAACAGGUUGGACUGCGGUAUCAGCAUUACACGCGUACGGGCUCUGAGGGUUUCGUCAAGGCAUACUAUGACAUUCUGCUCGCGGCGCCAGAGGCAUACACCAGCAUCUUCAAGCACCUGGCUCAAGCCAAUCCUACUCCUUGUCUAGUGCACUGCACAGCUGGAAAGGAUCGGACGGGAGUGCUGGUCGCGUUGCUGUUUAUGCUAGUGGGAAAGGGAGAGGAAGAGAUUGCGGAGGAGUAUAGUCUUACGGAUGUAGGGCUGGAGCCUUUCAAGCCGGUGUUUGUGGAGAGGUUGCUGAACAAUCCGGCGUUGGGAGGGAACAGAGACGGGGUGAUGAAUAUGGUUGCGAGUAAGAAGGAGAAUAUGCUAGCGACUGUGGAGAUGAUUGAGAAAGAGUUUGGAGGGAGUGAGAGUUAUAUGAAGAAGCACUGUGGACUGGGGGAUGAGGAGAUUGAGGCUUUGAGGAGGAAUCUUGGUGGGAAGUGA